CAAAGAGCAUGAUGUGAGCCACCUCUACAUAAGUGCACUCCGGCUACCGAGCUGUGCAGCUCAAUUCCGCUCUUUCACACUCAACACGGUCGACUGCAACCAUGGUACGCUCUACCGCCAUUGCUGCCGCCGUCGCGGCACUUGCCCUCCAGGCCGACGCAGCGGGCCUUUACCCCAAGAGCUCCAAGGUGCUCCAGGUCACCACUGCCGACUACGACCGCCUGAUCGCAAAGUCCAACUACACCUCAAUCGUCGAAUUCUAUGCGCCAUGGUGCGGCCACUGCAAGAACCUUCAACCUGCCUACGAGAGGGCGGCCAAGUCCCUCGAGGGCAUCGCAAAGGUCGCCGCCGUCAACUGUGAUGAGGAGCUCAACAAGCCCUUGUGCGGCAAGAUGGGCGUCCAGGGCUUCCCUACCCUCAAGAUUGUGCGACCGGGAAAGAAACCUGGCAAACCCACGGUGGAGGACUACAACGGCCCGCGAGAGGCGAAGGGAAUCGUGGAGGUCGUUAAGGACAAAGUGCCGAACAACGUCAAGCGCGUGACGGACGCGAAGCUGGACGAGUGGCUGGACGAGAACAAGGACAGCGCAAAGGCCAUCCUGUUCAGCGAGAAGGGCGCAAUCAGCGCUACGUUGCGCACCCUAGCCAUCGACUUCGCCGGACUGGUACCUAUCGCACAGAUCAGGAAGACUGAGAGUGCCGCGGUCGAGAAGUACGGCAUCACCAAAUUCCCCGCCCUGGUUCUUCUGAAGGCUGGCUCGGACGAGCCCAUCAAGUACGACGGAGCCAUGGAGAAGGCAGGCAUGGUAGAGUUUCUCUCUCAAAUCGCCCCGCCGAACCCCGAUUGCCCUCCUGCCAAGGCGAAGAAGGACAACAAGAAGAAAGACAAGAAAGAUGCGAAAAAGGAAAGCAAGUUUUCCAAGGCUUCAGCCUCACACAAGUCCUCCGAGGCAUCUUCUGCUGCCACAUCAGCUGCAGACGAGACUCUUGAAGAGGCCAACAAGCCCACCGAGUCCCCCGAUGCAAGCCUCAAGGACGAGGAUACGCCCGAGCCAAUUGUUAUAUCUGAGGUCAAGCCCACGAUUCCUGUCAUCGCCGAUGCGUCUGGAUUGCAGGCCGCUUGUCUCAAUGAGAAGAGCAAGACCUGCAUCCUCGCCAUCCUGCCCAAGGACGAGUCUGCUGAGGCAGCCACAACCGCUCUUGCCUCCCUCGCUUCCAUCCACAAGAAGUACGACGACCUGAAGAGCACUCUGUUCCCAUUCAUCGGUGUCCCAUCCUCAAACCCGAUCGCGACUUCCCUUCUUAAGGAGCUCAGCCUCGGAAGCGACGACGAAGUCCACCUCGUCGCAACCAACGGCAAGCGUUCCUGGUACAAGAAGUACUCUGGCACUGCUUACGGCCCCAUUGAGGUAGAGUCGUGGGUUGAUGCUAUCCGCAUGGGCGACGGCAAAAAGGAGAAGCUCCCAGAGUCAUUACUAGCUGCUGCUGAAAAGGAACAAGUCAAAGAAGAGAAGGUCCCCGAGCAAGAACCUAUCAAGAUCGAGAUUGAGGAAGUCGUCGAAGAGCCCGAGGCUCCCAUCCCGGAGCACGGCGAGCUCUAGACGCGUGCGGUCUGUACAAUUCCUGGUUGAUUUUUUUUUAGCGGGUGCGUGUAAACUACAACAUAGUCUCUGAAUACAAAUGGUGC